AUGGGCUCGUGGCUGUCGUAAAAAGGUAUAGUAGCAGUGAGAAAUCAGGUCAAGGAAACAGACGAGGGCUACAACCGAAGGACAUCAGAAGCCUCACCUAAGGACACGUUCAGUAAGUCCCACAAAUGCUUGAAUUGUCAGAAAGUCGCUAAGCCUGGUCAAUGUUUUUUAUGCAGUGCUCAGGAUGCAAGCUAGUGCAGUAUUGUGGACGUCAUGUCAGAAACGCCAUUGCAGCAGUCAAAAGUGUCUUUGUCAAGCCAUCCAGCAACUAAAGGCAGAGAAAGCUUCUCAAGUAAUACGUGGUGAUGGUUGUGUAUUUGUCAGUCAUCUUACACCUACGCAGCAGUUAACAGUAGCCAGGCUUGUUGGUAUGAAUUGUAAAGUGUUGUGUAUGUUGAGUGGGGGUGACUGUUGA